CCCCUCCCACAUGUGCUCACUUCUCUCCUGCAGUAGACAGGACGCAGCCAUGCCGGGCUUGCUGUUGGGGGACGUGUUCCCAGACUUCGAAGCAAACACGACUAUUGGCAAGAUCUACUUCCACCAAUUCUUGGGUAACUCAUGGGGCAUCCUGUUUUCUCACCCCCGUGACUUUACUCCAGUGUGCACAACAGAGCUGGCGUGUGCUGCCAAGAUCAGCGAUGAAUUCAAGAAGCGAGAUGUGAAGAUGAUCGCCCUGUCCAUAGACAGCGUGGAGGACCACCGCAGCUGGAGCGAGGACGUGAUGGCCCUUCACCCCGAGCAUGCAGGCUCUCUUCUGCCUUUUCCCAUCAUAGCGGACGAUAAACGGGAGCUGUCCGUCCUUCUGGGAAUGCUUGACCCCGAGGAGAAGGAUAAGGAUGGCAUGCCCCUCACUGCCCGCUGUGUGUUUGUCAUUGGUCCUGAUAAGCGGCUGAAGCUGUCUAUCCUCUACCCUGCCACUACGGGGCGCAAUUUCACCGAGAUCCUUCGUGCCGUCGACUCCCUGCAGUUGACGGCAAAGAAAAAGGUGGCCACACCUGUGAACUGGAAGCCUGGAGAUGAAGUCAUGGUCAUCCCAUCUCUCUCAGACGAAGAAGCCAAGAAGAUUUUCCCUGCCGGUUUCACCACCAAGGAAGUGCCUUCUGGGAAAAAAUACUUGCGCUACACCCCACAGCCAUAAACCACCAGUAGACACCACAGUGAUCAGCCAGAAGAAUGUCUCCCUGUCAGUCGUUACCCUCGUAGGCUGCUUGAGGUUGUUACCUAAUUCAAUAAAUAAAUAAAACAUGGCUUAAACACAUCUUUAGUAUGGAGAGGUGCACUUGGUCACAUAUACCACAGUCUAAUGUAUAGUAGUGCCUUUAUAUUCAAUAAAAAAAUAUUUCCUUAA